GUUGUGCUAGCAAUUAGUAGAAUUUGUGUAGAGAAAAAGGUUUGGUGAUAAUAUAUGUUCGGUUGGCAUCAAACAAAUACACCUUCUUUGACGUUUAAUUUGCGUGACUUCUGUGUACACGUCAGGAUUGAUGUGAAACCGAAUGAAUGUGAAGUAAAUGAAAACAAUGAAGAAUUGAUGGUAACGGCUAUAGUGUAGAUUACAGCGUGAAGAAACGAGCUAAAAAAAAAUGGGUGGGUUGUGGAGUUACUUCAGGGGGUUGCUAGGCGCGAGGGAGAUGAGGAUACUGAUUUUGGGGUUGGACGGCGCUGGAAAGACGACCAUCCUGUACAGGCUGCAGGUGGGCGAAGUCGUGACGACGAUACCAACGAUCGGCUUCAACGUUGAGCAGGUCCAAUACAAAAACCUUAAAUUCCAAGUCUGGGAUCUGGGUGGACAAACGAGCAUCAGACCUUACUGGCGGUGUUACUAUAGCAAUACGGAUGCCAUAAUAUAUGUAGUGGAUUCAGCAGACAAGGAGAGGAUAGGUAUUUCAAAAGAUGAACUUUUCCAUAUGCUGCGGGAGGAAGAGCUGACGGAUGCUAUUUUAGUGGUAUUAGCCAAUAAGCAGGAUAUGGCUGGAUGCAUGACUGUGGCGGAAGUGCAUCAGGCUUUAGGCCUGGAGGCGCUCAAGAAUCGGACCUUCCAGAUAUUCAAAACCUCGGCCACCAAGGGUGAGGGUUUGGACCAAGCGAUGGAUUGGCUCGCUAAUGCAUUGCAAAAUAAGAAAUAACAGUGAAGGCACGUUGAUCUUCUAGUCCGCAGUGCACCAGGAGAAAGAUCGGAGAAAUUUAACAAGAGAAAAAAAAACACUUAACUAACAACAAACAAGCGGAAAUUGUAUUAUUUUUUGAGCGAACCUAUUUUUUUUUAAUUUGUAAUUACGUUCCACUUAAUUUAUUAUAUAUAUAUACAGUUUAAAGGAUUCAUAACUAUUGUUCUCUCUCUCGUUUCGGUGUGUGCAUCAUUCCUCUUAUAUAUACAUAUAAUAUGAUAAUAAUCAAAAUGAUACAAAUUAUUGUUUUUCUCUUGAUUUGAUUGAUAAAUGUUUAAAGUCUAACAUUAGAUUCGUAGCCCAUAAUUGAAUUAGUUUAUUAUUUUGUCAAAGAAGUUUGAAAACGAAACAGAAAUACUAUAAACUAUUCUACGUGUGUGCAUAAGUAAUUUUUGUACUGUACAUUUCAAGAUUAAAAGAAAAUAAAUCUACAUAGAUGUGUAAAUGCUUGGAGUGUGCGUGUGUAUUUAUUUGUAACUCCAGAAUUCUCAUCAUA